AGCAAAGAAUUGCCAAUGAGGGAAUGAUGAUGCUGGAAACGGUAAUGAGCCAAACAGUAAUGAGGGUAGUGUGGGAACAAAGAAGCUCGAUUUAUGUGAUUUGUUCGAGGCAUCAUAUAGAUUGAGAGAUACAAAUGAAUGGAUCAAUUCAUCAUGCCAAGAGAAACAUGAGAUGAUGGUGGGAAUACGUGAUGAGGCAGCUCUAUCUGGCACUCCAUUAUCAGCCGAAGAACUUUCAAUAAAGUGCCUCGGGGAGUCGAAGACAAAGAACUACAUUAGAGGAUUAGGGAAUGGGCCAAAGCCAUCUACCUAUCUUUCCAAAUCCAACUCACAGUCAGCAGCACGCCAGGACCAGCUGCAAAAACUUCAACAUGAGUUGGAUUUAAUUCGUGAAGAGCAAAGAAGAGAGAGGGAAGAUGAGAAGACACAACACGAGGAGGAACAAAGACGACAUGAGGAAAAGUAUGAGGAGGAGAAAAGACGGUGGGAGGAGACACAAAGGCGACAAGAUGAGGAGCGGUCUAUACUUCUAAAAGAGAUGGAGGGACGGCGUUUUAAUGGAGUAUCGUGCAGGAUGUUGGUUAUUGAUUAUGAAGAUUGACGUUGGAUUUUGGUUGUGGACGUGCUUGGAUUUUUUUGGGUUAUCCGUUUGUUGAAGUUG